AAGGUUAAGGAACGGACGAAAAUGGCAUAUCAAACAACAAAGAGUGGAACGUGUUAUCCCUCAGAAGAACAAGAAAGCCAGAAUUUUGUUUGCUAUCCGAACUGGAAGGGGAUAUAUAGUGAUUUGAACCUGAUGCAGAUGGAGGCGUGCAGACGUUUGUUUACAAAGUUCCAGAAACCUGGAUGGACGUCAACCUUGCAUACUUUUUAUAUCCCUCGCCUGGAUUUAAUGUAAACGGUGUAAAACCAUGGAAUUGGGGAGACAUAAGUUUAAAAAAAAGGCGUUUUCCUGAAACUUCCUAUGUGGAAUACGACGUUGUCGAUUUGUUAACGGAAACCGGCCCAGUGCCAAAUUUCGACGCCAUAAGACAGAUGGAAGGCGCUCAAGUCCAAGUAGAACAAGACGAGAUAUCUAAUACGAGACGACGGAUAUCGACGAGACAAGAAGACGAGAUAUCUAACUCAAGACGGUUAUCAAAUAAACGCACAUCUUCCGAAGAAAAAAAUUAUGAAAACCAUCCUGGCAUAUCACAGCUAGUAAAUUUGUCAGGUGACGAAGAAUCGGAAUGGGAAGGUCAAGCUGAAUCGCAUCCAAAGGCAGGAUCAUCGAAGGUAGCGAAGCGAAUUUGUGGCACUGCUGAAUUAGGUAACAAAAGUGUUCCAGAUUCUCCUAAUUCUACCCCCGAGGAGGAUUAUGAUCAUCAAUUGUCACCUAUUAAGUUAUCAAUGAAGGAAGCCUCUGCAACAGAGGAAAAUGGAGAAGCAGAAUCUCGUUAUCAACAAAAAGUCCUACAGGCUUUACGUUCAAUUUUGGAUGUACUGAAAUCAAUGCGAAAUGAAAAGGCAUCGUGCGAAACUGUGAUGAAGGAUAACAUGGAACACUUCAAAAAAGUAGUAAAGUCACAGCUUUCCUUGCCAAUCCUACUUCCAGAGUAAGUAGCUGUUCUCAACGCUGCUCUAUGUGACAUGGAGCUUUCCAUCUCUCUGUGUGCUGUUCAGAUUCAUAAUCUGAGAACAUUGGGGUCGAAAAACCAAAUCGCCAAAGCAGUCUUACUAGCGAUUUUCAGCAGAUCUCUUUGCUCUAAGAUCCAAUGGAAGAAACGAGGCAAAGAUUUAAGAUUUGCAUUUGGCCACUUGAUAAAUUUGAAUGCAGUUUUUGGAGGUUAUCGUAUAAUAAAGAUUAAGUGAAAAAUAGUUAUUAAUCUCUUAACUUUAUCCUACCUCUAGUUGUCAUUAAUAGCGUACUGGCAAUUCACAAGGGACCCUCCCUGCCUAUGUCAACGAUGACCGAAGUUAUUCAAAAAGCUCGGAGAUUUAUUGGGUACGAAUACAGCCAGUCCAUAACUAAGUCCGCGUGUGCAGCGGCAACUGAAAACCAAGUUGAUGACGAUGAUGCAGCAAUAACUAAAGCUGACAAGGAAACGAUCAUGGCUAUCGACCAACGGAUGGUGCAGUUGAAUAAAGCUCUUAUUGAGUACGAUGCGAAACACGAGCAGCCCCCCAAAAAACGUAACUCUGUGUAAUUUCUUUUCUGUAAAAUUCCACAUUAUCAUGCGAUUCUUUCG